UCUUUCUGUUAAAAUAGUUAACAUAGUUUGUUCAUAGGAGAUCUUCUUAUUGCUAGACUUUUCUCCUUAAUACUGUAGGGUCUUUAGCUUGCAGUAUAAAUAGACUUGAUUUGACACUGCAUAAAAAAAAACUCAAUUUGAAUUAAUGUUAAAAGUGAGUCAAGAGCUGAGUCAGUGUAGAGCUGGCAGCCGUUACAAAGAUGAGUUAUUGUAGUGAUUACGUCUCAGUUGUUGUGGAUAGGGGUUUGGCAGUGCCUUAACCUACCAAGGUGUGCAUGACAACUUAUUUCAGGCAGUUACACCCCCACAGGAAACUCCUUUUAUGUCUUUGUGUUACAAUGGAAAAAACAUACAGGUCUACACUGAUGUGAGCAAUGAAAAGAAACCCCUUGGGCACAGAUCCUCUUCCCUCAUGAGUCAGAUGCAGUCUAGCUUUGCUCAUAGACGUGACACCACAGAGUGAGAAUGAGCCAGCUGAGCUGAAGCAACCAGCACUGAUAAGGAGACCAGAGAAGGGACUCCUCUUAUUCACUAUUUUGCAUCAACCUUGGUAACCAGACUGUCACGAGGAGCUAAAAUGGGAUUUUGAAAAAGGGCAUCAACACACAGCAGGUGAAACAGGGCAAUGACCUUCAGCCGCAACUUCCUGUCUAUACACAGGUCACAUCAACUUUUAAAGUCAAUCUGGGAGAUAAGCUGCCUCUGCCAUCCUGGUCGAGCUCACCUGACCUCCAAAAGAUGGUUACGCAGGUUCUUACUGCUGAAGCUGGUGACAGUGCUGCUGUUCCCCCAUGGAGUGAGCUUUCCCCUGUUGCUAGGCUGUGUAUUCAGCCUGCGUGCUCUGUUGCUGCUACGCUCCCCUUACAUCUCCACCAAACCCUCCACUGUCCUCCUGAGCCAGCUGGCUCUCACAGAUAGCCUCGUACUGCUGCACUGGGCGCUUCGACUGGGAGCAACAGUGGGCCGGUGGAUGGAGGGGGCGGGCUACGAGGUGGAGGUGAGUUUCAUGAAGAAGGGGAAGUCAGAUUGGUGGAAAGAAGCCACAAAUGUGCUCUGCCAUCAGCUGCUUGAUGCACAUCAGCUGGCCUCUCUGCUACUGCUGGGUCUGCUGGGACUCGAGGCCACACUGGUGUCACGCUGGCCUGUGCAGACGCGGAGAUUCAGGACUUCUCGCUGGGCACAGCUCAGCUGCUGUCUGCUCUGGAUACUUGUACUGCUGGAACUCAUGUCUUUGCUACACUCAAAAUCUUUGCAGGACUUCAGACUUCACAUGCAUCCCUCAGCAUUUCAAGGUGCUCAGAUUUCCUCUCUUGGUAUGGUGCCUCCCCCCUCCCUGCCUACUUUCUCGCUCUACCUGAGGAAGGCAUUGUGGCUGGUGAAUUCAUGGCUGCAUUAUGCCAUCUUCUACGGUCAACCACUGAGGAAAAAGAGUUCAUAUCAUUAGAUUUCUGUAAGAGAAUGGGAAAUGGUUGUGUUUAAAAAAAAAUCUCAUAUAUAAAAUUUUAUUUUACAAGUGGGAUUAUAUGGGCAUUAAAGUGAGACUAUUUAACUUUAUUUAAAAAGACUCAUCAC